AUGAUUCGAGGACGGAAACGUCCCGCUGAGGACGACCCCCUUACCGACCGAUCGACGCUUAGCUCGACUGUUGCCAGCUUUCCUACCCCACAGCAGCCGCUACGCAUCAGUAAGGCCCCGACGGGAGGCCCCGCAGCGGUUUCCGAGAUGAGCGGCCUUCUGGACUAUUCCCCAGUCCCAACCUUGCUCGUCUCACCAUCGAACCGCAUCCAGAGAGCUUCAAUCGCUUUACUGGAGGCAUGGGAUUGCAGAAGGGAUCAACUCGUGGAUCGAGACCUAUUCAUCUCCCUCUAUGAGGGUUCACUAACGGAGCGAUUCGAUCGCAUUCCUCUCGUCUACGCCAUUGAGUCUGCCAUCACUGCUCGAGCCGUUCGUCUGUGCCAUGCUGCCUAUGUAGCAGGCAGCGUCUCCUGGAAUGCACGCAUUCUUCCCAUCCACCGGGAUGAGGAGCUUUUGGGGCUUAUGUUGGAAUGGGAGGUGGACAAGGUCAACGUAACCGUUGCCGAUGGUGAGGUGCCUCGGAAUCGGCUACCCAACGAGGACGCCUUCCGCAUCCUUGUUCAGGCUGUCAAGGAGCUCGCUAUCUUCCUUUUAGACACUCGCGGAAACCUCGUGACCUGGAAAACGGGAGCGGAGCUGGAUGAGGGUUACGAAAAAGAAGAGAUCGUGGGCAAGCAUUUCUCCAUCUUCUACAGCGCUGAUGACGUCCAAUCCCACAAGCCGGAGAGGGCGCUCGAGAUAUCCUUACGAGAGGGCAGGGCAGAGGAUGAGGGUUGGAGGUAUCGAAAGGACGGUACGCGAUUUUGGGCCAAUGUCGUUAUUAUCCCGAUCUACAACCACGGCGUCCACGUCGGCUUCGGCAAAGUCACGCGGGACCUGACUGAGCGAAAGGAGGCCGAGUUGCGACUUAUUGCCGCCUACGAAGAGAGCGGCAAGUUGAAAAGCGACUUUCUAGCCAAUAUCAGCCACGAGAUUCGGACCCCCAUGCACGGCAUGCUCUCCGCCUGCGCACUGCUUCUAGACAGCGGGCUGACCGAGAAACAACUGGAAAUGGCUAAUAUGAUUGAGGACUCGGGCCGUGUCAUGUUGCAGAUUAUCAACGACACUCUCGAUUACUCCAAACUUGCAGCAUAUAGCCUUUCCAUCAAUAGCGACAUUAUGGACGUGGCCAGUAUAAUCGCUUCCGUUGUGGGCAGCUGUCGGGCCUCCUUGAAUCCAGGAGUGUCACUCAAGCUACACCUCGCACCAGAUCUCCCAAAGUGGGCAGAUGGUGAUGCUCUCAGAUUCCGCCAGGUCGCUGAAAACAUCGUCAGCAACGCAGCUAAAUUCACUGAACGAGGACUCAUUCAAAUGAGCGUGUCGCUGCUCACACAGGACGCCGGGACAUAUACAAUCAUGACUGAGGUUGCGGACGCCGGGCCUGGCUUGUCCAACAAGGAAGUCCCAAAGCUCUUCGAGCCAUUCACGCAGCUCGACACUACGUACCAGAAGCGUCGUGAAGGCACCGGUCUCGGACUGUCCAUCGCCAAAUCGCUGGCUGGAUUGAUGGGCGGGGAUAUCGGAUACCGUCCCAACCCAGAGUCACAGGGCAGUAUCUUUUGGUUCACAGUCAAACUCAAGAGAAUCAACAACAUACUAGAGGUUCGAUCAGUUGGCGACCAAGAUUUUGGCAAAACCACGAAGCAGCUGCACGUCACGCAAGACGACGACAACUCUGCUGGAGAACUGGCACAGUUGAUGGAGAUUGCACCGGCAGCACGGAUUCUCGCAGCCGAGGAUAACAUUAUCAACCAAAAGGUCCUUGUAGGAACGCUGCGUGCCGUUGGAUUCCAGCACAUCACAGUCGUCUCUGACGGCGCGCAGGCUGUCUCGGUGCUCUCGAAAACGCCUAAUGCAUUUGAUUUGGUACUGAUGGACAUCAGCAUGCCCAUCAUGAACGGUUAUGAGGCGACCAUCCAGAUACGAAACAGUGGCAUCCGUCUACCAAUACUUGCUAUGACGGCAUACGCGCUCAAGGGCGAUAUGGAGCGCUGCUUGGAAAAUGGCGCAGAUGACUACAUCGUCAAACCGAUACAUCGGCAACUUUUGGUCAGGAAGCUGCUACAGUGGCUUAUCAAACCGUGCGAUUCUCGUCAUCAGGAGGUUGGACACCAUCAAUCGGCAAUCGGCGAUUCAGACGUGGCCUCGGUAUAG